UCGUGGUGAACUUUAUUCCGAUAAACGAUAAACAGCAGCCAGCUGACCGCAAUUCACCACCUAUACACAAAAAUUCUUUCGUUUCUUAGUUUGUUUUAGGCUUUAAGAAAAUGGCAAGUGCGACCAGUUCCAGUGGCACAAGUACCAGCAGCACGACUGGAAACUCCGAGGAGCAGCGACGUAUUUGGGUCGGAAAUCUCGAUUCUCGCAUCACCGAGUUUCAACUACUCAAACUGAUGCAAAAAUGCGGCCCCAUCGAGAAGUUCGACAUGCUCUUCCACAAAGGAGGCCCCAUGGUCGGCCAAUCUCGCGGCUACGCUUUCGUCACCUUCGCUCAGAACGAAGGAGCCACCAAUGCGCUGAUGAAACUUGACGGCUCCAACGUUGGAAAUCGAUCGAUCGCCGUGCGUCUGGCCAAGAAUAUCAAAUACGACGACCUGCAGAAACCAAAGCCACGCAUCGAGAUCCCAGCUCUGGGCACCGGCAAGAGGGAGGAGAAGAUUAGCAAAUCGGAGGCCAUACGUGCCAUUGAGGCCAAGCUGAAGGUGCUGGAGCGUCAGACGGACGACAAUUUGGAGCUAAACACGCAGGGCAGAGGCGAGACGAACGUGCCCUUCAUUCAGCGCUAUCAGUUCAACAAGGACCGCGACACCUCCCAGCGCUAUGGCAAAUCCUCGGCCCCAUACCACCGACAGCAGCGCCCCAAGAGACGCUGAGACCACGACGAAGCCAUGGUACUUUGGCUGCUACCUCAAUGGACGAGCCUUGCCGGUGUAGUUUAGUUUAUAAUUAAUUUAUUAAAAAAAUUAGGGCGGGAAAAUCAACCGGGAGCAUCUACUUGGGGGCAAACUUGAAUUUGCCACGCAUCUGUUCGGGCAGAGGAACUGUUCCUGGACACCGCACCUGUCCGGGUAUCUCGCAGAUGCAGUGCCUGCCGCAGCCGUAGCCAAAGUUUGCCGGAUUGUCCUUGCUCUCCUUCAGGCGCGCCUCCGCGUCCAGUUGCUCUCUGGAAAUUGAAAAGAAAAAAAAUUCAAAAUAUAAGUGUGCUGCUAACGAGGGAACAAAUCACUUAAGUAAAUUUACUGAUUUCAUAUAACUUGUAUUUCUGCUUCUCCCAUUACUCUUUAUGCCUCAUCAGUGCUAAAAUUGAUUUCCACAAAAGUAACACAGAAAUCUGUCAAUUAGAAUAAGUCGUGACUCUAAUUUAAAAGUGAAACUGAUUUUUAAACCAAAAGUGAAAACAAAA